AACCGCUUCAUGUGUGAGAAGAUGGCCAUUGAGACAGAGGACCCCAACCAGACCGUGGUGAGCCACUUCUUUCUGGAGGGUCUGAUGUACACAGCUGAACAUUCUAGCCUCUUCUUCCUCCUCUUCCUCCUCAUCUACAGCAUCACCUUGACCGGGAAUCUCCUUAUUCUCAUAACUGUGGGCUCUGACCCUCACCUCCGCUCACCUAUGUACCACUUCCUGGGGCACCUCUCCUUCCUGGAUGCCUGUUUGUCCACAGUGACGGUGCCCAAGGUCAUGGCAGGCCUCCUGACUGCGGAUGGGAAGGUGAUUUCCUUUGAGGGCUGCGCUGUACAACUUUACUGCUUCCAUUUCCUGGCCAGCACUGAGUGCUUCCUAUACACAGUCAUGGCCUAUGACCGCUACCUAGCUAUCUGUCAGCCGCUACACUACCCAGUGGCCAUGAACAGACGCAUGUGUGCGGGGCUGGCUGGACUCACUUGGACCAUAGGUGCUGUGCACUCUGCAAUCCACACCUCCCUCACCUUCCGCCUGCUCUACUGUGGUCCACACCACAUUGCCUACUUCUUCUGCGACAUCCCCCCGGUGCUGAAGCUGGCCUGCGAAGACACCACCAUUAAUGAGCUCGUCAUGCUGGCCAACAUUGGCAUCGUGGCUGCAGGCUGCCUGAUUCUCAUCGUCGUAUCCUACGUCUUCAUCGUCGCGGCGGUGCUGCGCAUCCGCACUGCCCAGGGCCGGCGGCGCGCCUUCUCCACCUGCUCAUCCCACCUCACAGUGGUGCUCCUGUACUACGUGCCACCUGUCUGCAUCUACCUGCAGCCUCGCUCCGGGGGGGCAGGAGCUGGGGCCCCCGCUGUCUUCUACACGAUCAUCACUCCCAUGCUCAACCCUUUCAUCUACACUCUGCGGAACAAGGAGGUCAAGAGGGCUCUCCAAAGGUUUCUGGGCCGAGGCUCACGAGAGUCUCCAGCAGGCAGCCCACUCCCCUGACCUGUGCUGGGAUUCUUCAUUUGCCUGCCAAGAAAACAACUGUUCCCAGAGCAAAAUGGGGAGGGGAAAUCAUUCAGGUGGGAAUCAGUGCAACUGAGUUUCAGCCCAGCCACGAGCUUUUCCCCCUCCCUUUGGCCAAGUGACAUUUCUCAAUGUCUCAGUCACAAAAGCUCCAUCUAUAAAAUGGAAGGACCUCGUAGGUGAUGUCUAAGAGUAUCUUCCAGAUCUAUGUUUCAUGGC